AUGUUGGACAGCGAGAAGUAUGCAAUCCCCGUGGGCUCCGUUGUUAUGGUAACUGGUGCCAAUGGUUAUAUUGCGUCGCAUGUUAUCAAUAUCUUGCUGCAGUUAGGCUACAGAGUGCGAGGUACAGUGAGAACCGAGAAGCCAUGGUUAGACAAGUACUUCCACGAGAAGUAUGGGGAUGAGAUGUACAAGUCCGUCAUCGUCCCUGCAUUGAAUGAUCCGGUCUCUUUGAGCGAGGCAAUGGAAGGUGUUUCGGGAAUUGUUCAUAUUGCAAUGGACCUGUCUUUUGGCUCCGACCCGAGUGCUCUCACAUGGGUGAAACAAGCAACGGAAUCCAUGCUCAAAUUAGCGGAGGACAAGAAGACGGUAAAGCGGUUUGUUCUGACAUCAUCCAACUCCGCUGCCCAUUUCCCCACGCCCAAUGUGCCCGUUAGGAUCGAUGAAAAUACUUGGAACGAAACUUCUUACAAGGCAGCGUGGGAUGAGUCUACUCAUCCGGAGAAGAAGGGAUAUCAUAUAUACGCGGCCGCCAAAACGGAGGCAGAAAGGAGUGCGUGGGAAUGGGUAAAGCAGAAUCGCCCGAUGUUUGUGUUCAACAGUGUCUUGCCGGAUGGAAAUUAUGGACGGAUUUUGCUUCCCGAGAUAUACGGCUCAACGAUGGGCUCGCUCCGAGACGUCCUCAAGGGUGAUGAUACAAUAAUGCGCAGGUUUCAACCUCAAUGGUAUAUCAAUGUCGAAGACACUGCACGUCUACACGUUGUAGCCCUUCUCAAUCCAGAUGUUAAUGGUGAGCGAAUUUUCGCAUUUGCUGCCCCAUUUACAUGGAUAGAGAUUAUUGCAAUUCUCAGAAAACUGAGACCGGAUAACACGCUAAUUCCGGAUGCCCGCGAGGAUGAGGGGGAGGAUAUCAGUGAUGUUGUGUUGGCUCCCAGAGCCGAACAGUUGCUUCGCGACUUUUUUGGACGUCCUGGCUGGGUUGGACUGGAGCAAAGUAUCGAGGAAGGACUUGAAGGCAUGGAGGAAUAG